CUGCUGAUGGGGCGGGCCCCGGCCCCAGGCUCUGGCAGGCAGCGGGCUGCAGAGAAGGCGAGAGGGAGCCAGGCGCGCAGCGGACGGAGCAUGGCAGCCGCAGCCGAGGCGCACAGGGUGCUGGUGUACGGCGGCAGAGGGGCGCUGGGGGCCACGUGCGUGCAGCAUUUCCGAGCCAAGCACUGGUGGGUUGCCAGCAUUGACCUCGCAGAAAAUGAAGAAGCUAAUGCCAAUGUUGUUGUGAAAAUGACCGACUCCUUCACUGAGCAAGCAGAGCAGGUGACAGCAGAUGUUGGAAAACUUCUGGGUGAACAGAAGGUGGAUGCUAUCCUGUGCGUAGCUGGAGGAUGGGCAGGUGGUAGUGCAAAAGCUAAAUCUUUAUACAAAAAUUCUGACCUGAUGUGGAAACAGAGUGUUUGGACAUCAACUAUUUCCAGUCACUUAGCCACAAAACAUCUGAAAGAAGGAGGCUUAUUGACACUGACAGGAGCAAAAGCUGCUUUGGCUGGAACUCCAGGGAUGGUUGGGUAUGGCAUGGCGAAAGGAGCAGUGCAUCAGCUUUGUCAGAGUUUAGCUGGUGUGAAUAGUGGCCUGCCAUCUGGGUCUGCUGCUGUUGCUGUUCUGCCAGUUACCUUGGAUACACCAAUGAACAGGAAAUCAAUGCCUGAUGCAGAUUUCAGCUCCUGGACACCCCUAGAAUUCCUUGCAGAAACCUUUUAUGACUGGAUCACAGGCAAAAACCGGCCCAGCUCAGGCAGCCUAAUCCAGGUGGUAACCACAAGAGGCAAGACAGAACUAGCAGCCGCACAUCUUUGAGAUUGAUCAGUGUAAUUGUUUGUGAAAACAGCAAAGGAGAAAAUUGUAGCAUCCUAGUCCAGUUUGGGUGAUCUUCUGUAUCCAGUGAUUGUUACCUUAUUUGUGAAACAAGAAGUUGAAUAAUAUUUCUCUGUUCUUAGAUGCAAACAACAUUCCUCUACCAAAAGAUGAGUUAUCUUCUAUAUAUACCAAGGCUAUAGAUUUUUAAGAUCUGCAAAUAACCCUCUAGAGAAAACGCAAGAUAAGGAUACCUCUGUUUAACACCACUAUUUGCCUAAAUAUAUUCAUCAGAAAUUGUGUUUAAUGAUAUACAGGGUGAACCUCUCUCAUCUGGGACUCUCUAGCCCGGCAACAUCCAUGGUCCAGCAUGACCAUGGAUUUUGCUAGACCAGAGAGCCCCUGGACCAGAGAGCCUGGGGCUACAGGGCUGCUUACAGCCAUGCUCUGCACCAUGGGACAGAGGAACCACGGCAGUCUGGGUGCACCGGGGAAUGGAACCGUGGCAUCCUCGGCAGCCCUAGAGCUACAGAGCCCCAGUGGCCUGGAGCCACAAAGCACUAGAAGCCCCAGGGAGUAGAGCUCCAGUAGUCCUGGGGCAUCAUAGCUGUGGCAGCCACUAUGGCCCCAGGGAGUGGAGCUGCAGUGUUCCCAGUGUCCCCAGGACAGUGGAGCAACAGCAGCCAGGACUGACCGGCAGACCUGAGAGGCAGCAGCCUGUGGGCAGAGGAGCUUGGCAGUGGAGAGAAGAGUCCUGCUUGGUUGCUGACAGACAGAGAGCCCAGAGUUUAUCAGCAGAGGGGCAGAAUUGACCUCCCCUUAUCCAACAAACUCCUGCCUUUGGGACUGGUCCGGUCUCAGGGUGCUGGACCAGAGAGGUCUAUCCUGUACCUACAUAUAUAACUAUCCAGUUGUAUGUGAGUUGUCUUUUGGGCAUUUCAGCAGUAUUGUUGUGUGUUGUUUUAUUAUCCUAAUGCUAAUUUUGGUGUUGGACAGAGAUAUAAAACAAAAUCACUGCAACUCAGUCUUGUUACCCCUUUUCCUAUGAGUAUCCUAUACCAUUUCACAUUGUUCCAAUUGAACCAAUGGUACUGAAUAAAGGUUAAUUGCAUAUGAUGGUGUUGCAAGAUUAGAAUCCUUAAAUUGCCUUAAUUCUUUUUCAAAGCAUCUGUCAGCCCCAUAAUUAUUGUAGGGUGUUGCCUAUUCCAAAUAACUGAUAUAUGAUAUUCUACAUGUGUCUUGUGUAACUCUUGCUGGCUCUUUGCACCUUCAGAUAGUAAAGUGCUCUACGAUAUAAAAGUAGAACACACAGAUUAUUGUUAGUCUUAUACAGGAUUUUGUGCCAAAUAAAUAAAUACAUAUAUAGUUUUA